AUGGAUAAACCGGUGACAGUGCCAUCCCCUGGCCAGCCAGAGCCAGCAGUCAGCCAGGAGCCAGAGAAGAAAGGUUUCAGUAACAUCCUGGACAUGGGUAUGGGAAUGCCAGCCAUACCACUCCCUCCUAGCGCCAUGGUCCAACCACAACACUCUUUUCCUGGUGUCAUAAACUCUUUAUUAUUUCAGAAUCAAGACAGGACAUUCAUCAGUAUCCCGGAAUACAUUGAGAAUCCGGAGAACUUUCAAGAUGAAACAUUCAAAACUUUUGACUACACCGAGCAUACCAUACGCCGGGCUUUCAUUAGUAAAGUAUACAGCCUAGUGCUAGGCCAGCUUCUAGUGACGGGAGCCUUCAUAGCGUGGUUCCUCUUCGACCACACCACCAGGCUCUACGUGCACAGACACUCCUGGGUCAUGCUGACAGCGCUAGCCAUGUACGCGGUAUCAUUCUGUUGCAUCCUCUGCUGCAAGUCGCCGCGUCGCCGCGUGCCGUACAACUACCUGUUCCUGCUCGCCUUCACGCUCGGCCUGUCGCUGCUCGUCGCUACUGUCACGUCCAUGUACGAAGUGGGGACGGUGCUGCUAGCAGUAGGCGUGACGGGCGUCAUCGUGCUCGGCCUCACUCUGUUCGCGUUCCAGACCAAGUACGACUUCACCACGCUCAACGGAUCCCUGUUUGUGAUGUUCCUCACCGUCAUCACUUUCGGCAUCAUAGCAGCAAUAAUGCAGUCACAACUUCUGAAGCUUCUCUACAGUGCAUUGGGAGUUCUUCUAUUCGGCAUCUAUCUAGUCUAUGACACACAGAUGAUAAUUGGCGGCAAACACAGAUACAAAAUAUCACCCGAAGAGUAUGUUUUUGCGGCUUUGACGAUUUACUUGGACAUUAUGAAUAUAUUUUUGAGGAUUUUGAGGCUGCUGAGAGCGUGAUUUGGUUGUUUGUCAACUUAGAUUAACGAUAUACCAACAAGAUGGAGUGUCACAUACACAGAAGCAAAAAAAAUUGACGUAUUAAGUUUGACCUAAUGACAAUAUGU